AUGACUGUGAGAGAUAUAGCUAUGGCAGCUUGUAAGGAAAAAUCAAGUGUUUUAAGAAUUUUAAGAUUAUUUAGAGAUGCUGGAUCAUCAUCUCCAAAAAGAAAAGGAAAUGAUAAUGGGCGUGAGGCUUUGGAUCUCACUGCGUCUCCACUGCGAGCUCCAGCGGCAGCUCCUAAUUCAAGAACCUCACACCCUCCGCCAAUGGUCAUACAGGGAGAUUUCAGAAAGGUGUCAGGAAUCAGCAGUGAAAUUUUUAAGCAGAUAGAAACAGUAGAAAACGACCACGAUGCGUCAACGGCUGCCGCCUUGGACCACGUGGAAAGACGCGGUGAGAUGAUAGUCCGCAUAUUGGAGGCUCGACACCUCAGUAGAACCGCCAACGAAGCCGUGAAGAGAUUCACGGCAAUGCAAGAUGCCAAACAUACGGUCCAGUUCGUGGAGAUCGUUAAGAGGCCCGGCCAAACACUGGGCCUCUACAUCAGAGAAGGCAAUGGAAUUGACAGGAACGACGGGGUGUUCAUAUCAAGAAUAGCGCUGGAAUCUGCGGUGUAUAAUAGUGGAUGCUUAAAGGUGGGCGAUGAAAUUCUAGCGGUGAACCUGGUGGACGUGACUCGGAUGAGUCUGGACGACGUCGUCAUCAUAAUGUCGAUCCCGCGACGUUUAGUAUUGGCGACGAGGCAGCGAAAAGCGAGUAAGGGUGGCCAAAGUUCGCCGAGCGUGCAGCCCCGAGCGGAGCACAAACCCCCUCCCGUCGUCGUUAUCAAAAGAGAACUAAGGGAAGACGAGACUGAUGACGGAGAUCUCGAUCACAGAGAAACGAUUCGACAGAGACACACGGGAGACGGCCGAGAGAUGUCCGAAUCGAGAUCCAGGCUAGGCUUGGGAUUGUCUUCUUUGGACUCGCGUCACUCUGGACAACAAUCCGUCGAUUCUAACGGGUUGGACUUAUACUACAAUAGCCGGCCACCCGACGCCAAUUGGGGCUACCAGCCCCCUCCACCGGUUAUUACCGAACAACCAAAGUCCAGUAUGCAGCACUUCCAGCCCUACGAACGAAAUUAUCCCAAUACGUUAGAGAGUCUCGCCGAAAAGGUUCAUUCGUUCGGGAUGAGCAGAAGAAUGUCCGCUGGGGGACAACCUCUUGGAACUAGAAUAUCUUCCCAACAAAGUCCUUCUUCCCAUUAUUAUGUUCAGCAUGCGGGUACAGGUUCCCGGAGAAUCAUGCCACGGUCUGGUUCAGAUCAGCAUCUUCCUCAAACAGAGUAUUCCGAUUACACUAGCAUAACGCAAGCUGGAAGGCACAGUUUACUUCGAAGCAGCUUGAAGUCAGGAUCUACACUUAGCAGAUACAAUCAGCGAUUUGUGGACCAGGCGGCAGUAGCAGCUCAAAUAGCCCAAGCGAAAUACGGUACAAGCGGGUCACAAUAUUCCACGGCAGGCACGAUGCGGAGAACUAGGGGUAGUCUGGACUAUUCCAGUGAUACAGAAGCCACGUCUGGAUCCAGGGCCGGUUAUUAUUAUUAUGGUCGCAGUCAAGGAGCUGCAGGCGGCAUUCCUCAUAGCACCAUUCCCACUUUGGGCCGUCAAAACUCGUUGACAACUCAAGACAUUACCACCAAGUUUAACUCUCUGCCCCGAGACACUAGAGCGGCGACAAGAUUGGCUAUGAAUAAAAGAUUCGGAGAUAGAAGCGUGUCCCUUAUUCAGGACGAGGCGGACGGAGCCCUUUCAGCACCUGAAAUGCCCUCCUCCAUACGAAGGGAUCGAGAUGAGUACAGGCAAUGGUUGAGCAGGACGCCUUCGACGUCGGCCAUCUACGAGCAGAUACGAGCGUCGAGAGAUGUCCUGAAUCAACAGCGUGCCGCGAGGUUCACCUACAGCGCCGAAAAUAUCCACGAUGCUUUGAAAAAUAUGGAAAGUGGUCUAUAUAGCGGAUACGGUCGUCCAGGAGCUACUUCAACUCUAGACAGACAUUUCACUAGGUCGCAAACGGCGAAUAUUCCAGCGAGAUCAUUAUCAACUCAACAUAUCACAUCAUCAUCAGCUCUAAGUAGUUCGAGAUCUCCAUCCAUGCGGCGAAUGAGGCAGCUCCUCGACCUGGAUUCCGUAAGAACUGGCGCCCCGAGUCCAGUGCCGACUCCUAGUGGCACACUUCCGCGAGGUCAAAGACAACUUGACAUCAACCCCGCUGAAUUCCUCAAAUACAAGCUCGACAAGCCCGCUGGAUUGGUAGGAGGGACCUCCAUAACAGGUCUCUCACAACUAGCAGCAGGUCCUGGAGGACUUCCUUCCGAUGAACCUAUCAGCGGUAUGCUCUGGGUUCAUUUACUUGCUGGCAGAGGUUUAAGACCCUCUACUGGAACGUCAGCUGCAACUACUCCCGUUACUCCUAGUGGAGGAGCACCUGCAGCUAUUACAGGUCCAACAGCUGUACGUGAUCUUUACUGCGUCCUAGAAUGUGAUCGUGUACAUAAAGCUAGAACAGUGGUAAGAACAGGAGACCUGGUUUUCGACUGGGAUGAGAGCUUUGAGCUUGACUUAGUUAACAAUAGGGAGCUGGAUUUGUUGAUAUACUCCUGGGAUCCUCAGUACAGGCACAAGUUGUGCUACAAAGGUUCCGUUUAUUUGCCCACUCUGCUCAAGUCCGGUCCUAUACACCAGUUAGCACUUAAAAUUGAACCGAGAGGCACACUAUAUUUGAGACUGAGACAUACUGAUUCCCAAAAUCUAUACCGAAGAAGACCUCUUUCUACAUUAACUUUAUCUAGGACCACACCGCUUUUUGGUGUGGAUUUAGAAACUGUGGUAAAUCGAGAAAGUAAGACUGGUGGAGUACCUGGAGGAGUAGCGACAGGGUUAGUAGCCAGUAGUCAACACAAUAUUCCUAUUAUAAUAAGAAGGUGUGUUGAAGAAGUUGAACGGAGAGGACUAGAUAUUAUUGGUUUGUAUCGAUUGUGUGGCUCCGCGACCAAGAAGCGCAUUCUCAGAGAAGCCUUCGAAAGGAACAGUAGAUCCGUGGAUCUAAGUCCGGACAACGUGCCGGACAUUAACGUUAUUACAGGAGUUUUGAAAGAUUACCUCAGAGAACUUCCAGAACCCUUAUUCACGAAAUGCCUCUAUCAGAUGAUGGUAGAUGCGCUUGGUGUUUGCCUGCCCGAUGAUCCAGAGGGAAAUGCUAAAUUAAUGUUCUCCAUUUUGGAUUGUUUACCUAGGAUUAAUAGGGCUACUUUAAUAUUCCUUAUGGAUCACCUAGCUUUAGUCGUAUCUGCGUCGGAUCGUAACAAAAUGUCUGCCCAAAAUUUAGCAACUGCCCUAGCUCCCCCACUAAUGUUGCAAACCAGUGAUUCUAUAACCCCAACGACUGCCACCAAAUCGCACGAUAUCGAUUACCAGCAACCAAUCAGUGUCCUCAAGUAUCUUCUGCAAAUCUGGCCUACACCGAAGCAUCAUCACUCAGGUCGGCGCGGCAGGCCAUCCGGGCCGCGUGGAGACAGUCGCAGUGCGUGUCCUCCUCAGGGAGCGGUGGCGGUGGCUCUUCAAUCCUCGGUGGGGCCAGCGGGGGCCCGAGAGCAGUCUCGGCUCUCUCAGGCUCCGUUUCCUCCUCCUCCUCGCUCAGCAGUCUCGGGCCCGCGAGGCCCACAGCCACAGGUCCCAUUACACCAGAUACUAGGCCCAUCAUCAGUAAGCAAAGGUCCUUACCGUCCACUAUCCCCUCGGGUAGGACCACAAGCCACCUCAUCGGCCGGAGUGCUUCGACCGCGGCAAGUGAUAGUCUCUUCGCCAGGCUCUCCAAGCAGCAGUAGUGACUCGCAAUCGGGAUCAGAAUCCGUUAAACACUGCCUGCCCAGCCGCGUCAGUUCUCCCGUCAUACGCGCUUCUCCUUCCUCUCAGACGAUCCUCCGGUCUUCUCCUUCAGUGACUAUCAACUCACCUGGUCUGAGACACUCCCCAUCCAUCACCAGUGCCGUCUCCGGAAGCUCGUCAGGGCCGAGGAACUCACCUUCCAUUUCCAGUUUGAGUAGAGCGUCUCCUUCUAUUUUAGGUCAAGUAUCGAGGUCUAGCUCCCCGGCGAUGCAAGCUAGUUCAGCAGGACUGAACGUCACUUUGGGAACUACGACUCCUUCGUUUACUUCAACGUUUACUAAUUUACAGAGCUCUAUGGCCAUGACUUCUACUGGAGGUUAUGGCUGGAACUACGCCCAGGCUUCUACGUAUACUCAACCUACUACUUAUGCUAGCACUAAUCCGUUCCUAACUGGUUCUUACAUGAGCUAUACUCCAGGAGAUUCUACUUUUUCUGAGAAGUUUAAUACAAUUGGUCCAUCAAAAGAAGUAAAAUCGUUCUUUGAUUCCUAUACUAGUGAUACUAACAAGUACUCAACUUUAAAUACUAAAAGCACAUCUUACGAUUCUGAAUAUCUUUAUUCUUCUCCUGAUGUUAAAACCAACGGUGUAAGUAGUCGGUAUUUAGAUAAAAGCUAUUUGAACAGUACUUACUCAACUGACCUUAACAAGUAUAGUCCUGCUAAAAACGCUAUGUACGACACAAGUCCAAACGUUACACAAUCUACCAGUAGUUCAACUUCCGGGUUACUGAACGUGGAGGAGACUCCAACUCCGACCAGCAGUAUAGAAACUGAAGACAGUAACACCAGGGAGGUGGGAGAGAAAGACGUGGAGGGUGACGGAGAACAAAGUGACUGAAUAUACGCGGCGAGGGCCCAAUAACCAAUCACUUUUUAAUUGUGGCAGCACAAAUAAGACGUAGGUUUAGGAUUUCUAAUUAGAGAAUCACUCAUCAUCGAUGUAUUUACCAUUACACUGUCUUCGUCAUCAACUUUUGAUAACCGUGCGAGGAACGUAUUAUUUAUUAUACGAGUUGUUCUAAAGAGGUGAAUUGGUUGUUGGGUUUAUCGAAUACUGCCAGUGGAGGCAAUAAUUUUUUUGCUCGCAUCAGAUGAAACACUAAUAGAUUAAAAAUGUCAAGAUUUAAGUGGGAGUUUUGCAUCAGGUCUCUUGAUAGACUAGUUAUUUCUGCCACACACUAUCAGGUAAACCUGACAGGUCUAUCUGUACAGUUGUACCUAUCACGUGUACCUGAUAGUGAAUGGCUAACUUCACUGGACCAUUUGCAAUUGGUACAGCAAACAAAAAUUCCUCGCUAAGUUUUCAUUCGAUAAUAUUUUUUAUUUGUCCUUAAAAAUAAAUUUUUUGGUUGACAUAAUAAUUUUAAAAGAGCUUAAAUCAAAAAAUGUUUUUGUUUAUUAAGGUUUGGAAUCAAGUUUUUACUUUAAGAAUAUUUAUAUUUGUUGAAUAUAUAAAAAAUAUUUGUUGUGAUCUUACUAUUAAUGGAAUAUUGUUUAUAAUAUGACAAGGGAAUAUAAUUUUAUAUACAGAACAAGUUUUAUAUAUGGGACGUCUCAAUUAUCUCCAAAAUGGCUCGUACGAUUUUUAUACAUUUUAGUGAGUAAGGGGUCUUUAAUGCGACCGAUAUUAUGGUGGUAUUUAUAUUGUUGUCAGAUGUUACCUUUUUUGUGGAGGAUAUGUCGAUGACACUCUCAUAAAUACUUUAACUCUACAAAGUCUAACAAACAAAUUGGAAUGGCUGAACGAAUAGUUUUUUUUUUAGUUUAGGAAAAAUAGAUCUACCAUUGACCAACUAUUUACAGUUAAACAAAUACUAGCCAAAGCAUGGAAAUACGACAUGGACGUUUACAAUAUCUUUUUAGAUUUUAAGCAAGCCUAUGAUUCAAUAGAUAGAACAAUUCUACCUAAUAUAUUGCAAGAAUUUGGCAUAUGAUCAAAAUUAAUACGACUAGUGCAAAUGACAAUGACAUAAACAGAAGCACAUGUAUGUUUUCAAGUCCAGAUCACUGAUGCGUUUAUGAUAACGCAACGACUGAAACAAGGAGACGGACUAGCUCCAACGCGUUUUAAUCUUGUCCUUGAAUAUGUAAUUAGAAGGUUGACGGUGAGCGGAAAUAACAUACUUACAAACAAAUCUACAAAAUUAGCAGAUGAUAUAAACAUAAUGAAUAGAACAAUGAAUGUGGCGGAAGAAACCUACGUUGAGUUAAAACAGAGUGCAGAAGCUGUAGGGCUAGCAAUAUUUACAAAUAAAACAAAACUACUCAUACAAACCAGAUCAAAUAGGCCGGCGCAACAGCAACUCUUUAUAGAUGAUAUAGAACACGUGAAUAGAUUCACGUACUUAGGAAUGGACCUGGUCGCAAACAAUGAAAAAGAACCGGAACUAAAUAGACUGCUUAUGCUGGAAAAUAAAGCCUGUUCACGAUGGGUCACAUAUACAAAUCGCGAGACGUACACCGAAAAACAAAACUCUGGGUCUAUAAGACAAUAAUCAGGCCAUAAUAGUAAGUUAUGGGCGUGAAACAUGGGCUAUUACACAGAAAUCUGCCAAUGCAUUAGACGUGUUUGAAAGAAAAAUUUUACAUAGGAUACUGGGCCCAAUAAGUGAAAAUAACAACUGGCGAAAUAGAUAUAAUAAAGAGAUAUACAAACAAUAUAGCGAACCAACACUAGCACCAUACACUAAAGUGCAGAGAUUACGGUGGGCAGGGCACGUGGUCCGCAUGCGUGAGAAUAGAAUCUCCAAAAAAUUACUAAAUGCAAGAAUACAAGGAAAAAGACCUGUUGGAAGACCAAAAAAGAAAUGGGAAGACGAAGUAGAUGAGGAUGGGCUGUAGUGCCAUUGGAUGGAUGGAACAAAAGGUUUACCAUAUAUGAUUACAUAAUUCAUGGUCAUUACAAAACAUCCAAAAGAUAACGAGGGACUCCAUAUUAAUAAUAUCCAGGCAGAAAGGCUAGACAAAUCUAGGAACAUUGGUUAGUCAAAACGCAGAAAUAAUAACACAAGGGCUAAAAGCUGUAUAGAAAUAGCAAGGGCAAAAUUUGUGAAAAUUAAACACCUAUUAUGUAGUAGAGACCUAUUAUGAGUAUAUUAGGGGAAGUCUAGGUGUGACACCAAUUGAUGCCAAAAUGAGAGAGUAUCGGUUAAGAUGGUUUGGUCAUGUUCAACGUCGAGACGUUAAUCAUCCAAUACGAAGAGUAGCUGAAGUGCAGAUUCCUGGAAGGAGUAAGAGAGGAAGACCAAAGAAGACCUGGGGGAGACGAUAAGGCAGGACAUGUUGGUAAAGCGGAUUAACAUUGAUAUGACCCAAGGUAGAAUUGUGUGGAGAAAUGCAAUUCGGGAAGCCGACCCCGCAUAGGGAUAAAGUAAAAAGAAUGAUGAUAUUAUGUAGUAGAGACCUAAGAAUGGAUCUAAGGAUAAGGUGCUGCUACGUUUUUACAACUUUCCUCUACGGACCUGAGACUUGGACAUUAAAGCAAUUAGAGAUUAAGAAGUUGGAGGCUUUUGAGCGUUGGUGUUAUUAAAGAAUGCUACGAAUAUGAUGGGCAGACAAGAUUAGAAGUAUUGAAGUCCUUGAUAGGGUUAACAAGAGCACUAGAUAAAUAAGAAUGGCCCCAAGAAACAAAAAUGAAACGAAUAAAAGUUGGACAUUGCAGAAAAAGCAUAACAGUUUGAUUCUGAGACAUCUACGAGCUAUAGCCGGAAAGACCAAAUGGAGUAGAAUAAGAAAUGAGGCAAUAAGAGGGAUAACCAAACAGGAACCAAUAAUGAACAAAAUAAUAACGAGACAAUUAAACUGGUAUGGACAUCUGAUGAGAAUGAAACCCAGUGCACUAACGAGAAAAAUUCACGAAAAAAGAAAUAUUACAAAAAAGAGAAAAGGCAGACUGAGGAAAAAAUUAAUACAUCAAAUAGUAGAUGCGGAAAAGAUUAAACGGAAAACGCUUGAAGAAAUGAAAAUAAUAGCACAAGACAGAAAAUAAUGGAAGAGAUGGGUGAAUAUGUAGCUAAACUAAACCUAAAUCCGGUACCUGAAAGGGUAUAAGGAAGGGGAGAACAAAAGGAAAGUAAGUAAGUAACAUAAGAGUUGCCAUGUUGAUAUCCAACUUUCAAUUAAAGAUGGAACCCUAAGAUGAAGAGCAAUAACUUUGUAAUUAUGGCAAGUAGGUAUAGAGAACAAUAUAUUAAAAAUAAUCAGUAUUUCUUAAGGACUUCAAAAGGCAAAAAAUAUAUAGGGUGAUCCAUUUGAAAUAAGAAAGUUAAUUAAAUUCCUAGAAAACGGAGGAUCGGAUAACAAUGUAAAUACCACCAUAAUAUCAACCGCAUCACAAGACCCUUCCCCGCCAAAAUAGAUAAAAAUCGUGGAAGCCGUUUCAGAGGUAAUUGGGGCGUUCCAUACUUACAACUCACUCUGUAUGUUUAGUGUAAAAAAAUUGGUCAGUUUUAAUAAUAAGUUAAAUUAACAAUCUAAUACCAUUUAAUCUGUUAAGAUGUUUACUGACUUGGGCAAAUUCUUAUGCUGUAUCAAAAUACAGUCCAAAACUCAAUUCCAACAUCCCAAUUUCCCUCGUUGGAACAAAAAAUUAAUGUAUUUGCUUACUAGAAAUCAAACUAAAUCAAUAGAAUCAUUGUUAUCUAAUAUUUAAAUUUAUAUAAUUUUAGUUGGUAGAUAAAUCAAUAUUUAUUGAAAUGAUAGAGUAUUAUCUAAAUGGAAUUUAGAAUAUAAUUGUUGCGUGUUGCACAACUUCUAUUUAUUUUUUCUGUUGUGUUUAUUCAAAGUGUGAUAUUCACUCGAUGUUAUAAUCUACAUACAUAAACCCCUUAAACGUCCCAUGCCAACAUGCUGAACAAACUCUACUUAUAGUAAAUACAGGGUAUGUGCGGUAAAGUCAUGAAUAAAUACUCAUUACAGAUUAGUACUUACACAAACAGGAGAAAAAGUUAUACCUUGUGUCUAAUUUUUUUAGCAAAAAUUAGAGAGCAUUAAAAAAUGUUACAAAAAGGCAGAUUAAACAAUAAUUUAAAUAUUAAAUAUUAUAACGUAGCCCCACGUUGGGCGCCAUUAUAUUUAUUUUAUAAAUUCCUGAUGAAAAUUAACACGAUAUAUAUUGUAAUUGACUGAAAGACUGACGGACUAUCGGCAAUUAUCUUGAUAUUUCUAUUAUCAAAGAUUAUAUAAAAGUUUAAAUUUACCAAGUUUUUAUUGACAUUCACAUCAUAUAAAACAAUAGUUACAUGAAAUUUAUAGACAGUUACAACAACUAAAGCCCAAGAAAUCGUAACCUAAGUAAUCUUUAAAAAGUCUCUCUCUCAAAAAGUAAUUCCUCGUAGCCUUCUAUCGUCCAUUUAUGGACAUAGGCCUCUCCCAACUCCUUCCCAAAAACACUUAAUAACAAGAAUUUCUGCCUCUAUUCCUAAUUACAUGAUGUAGCGUUUGUUUCUAAAAAAUGCACAGGGUGUUUCAAUAAAGACGAUAAAAAACAAAAGUUUAUUUUUACUCCUCGCAAAUGCGUAAAACGUCCAAAAAACUUCUUGAGAAUAUCAUCCCACUGAAAACAAACAAUGCUUGUCUCAAGUUGAACUACUUUACAACUCCAUGGAAGGUAGCCAACACUGUCAUGAUUGUCAAACUAAGGAAACCUCUAAUGAAAACAGAAUCCUACAGAACAAUACCUUUACUAAAUACUCUAGGUAAAGUCUACGAGAGCAUCCUCAAGGAGAGACUCUUAGAAUUCCUAGAAACAACCCACAUCAUCCCAAAUUUCCAAUACGGAUUCAAAGCUGUAAAUUUGACACAAAAUGCAAUGAUUGAAACAGCUAACUUCAUAUCCCAAUCUAUCAAAAAGUGCCAUAGAUACGCAAUCGGCAUCUUCCUAGACGUUCAAAAGUCCUUCGAUCAAGUCUGGUACUCCUUCACAUUGCUGGACUGCCAACCGUCUUUGUCUGCUAUCUCUCCAACCGGAAAAUACGCGUCAACGUAUCAGACCAACUGUCCACAUUAUUAAUUCCUCAAGCUGGAGUUCUCCAAGGCUCAAUUUCAGCUCCAAUUGUAUACACAGUCUACAACAGUUACACCCCCACCCUACUAUAAGUAGGUCCGAGUCUAUUCUGCCAUUCUGUCUAUUCUAGACACCAGUCUGUAUUCGAUAUAGCCCAAAACCAGCUUUAGUGCAGUCACUGAAGGUUUUCACCUCAGAUUUCGUUGAAGCUCCAUCGAUUUUCAUGAAAAUUGGUGAGUAAUUAGAGGAUACCUCAAGGAACAAAGGUGACAUGAUGCCAACUUGCGCUUUUACCCUGGGGGUGGAUGCCACCCCUUCUCGGGGGUGAAAA